AUGAGCACCAUACACCGCACCGCAGACGAUGACGGCAAGGGCAGACGUUGUAUCUUCCACUGGCCCAUGUACACCAACGCGUUUGCCGAGAACGGGUGCAUUCUCGUGCGCCACAAGGAUAACGGCACCUUCGAAAGGGUACUCGUGGACAACAAGUCGCGUCUCGUAGCAUUAUCAGAGCAAACUAUCGACAGCUUGGUCGUAUCCGGACAACAUCAAGGUAACCUAUUUGAACUCGGGCCCGGAGAGCAGACGAGCCCGACCAGACUGGAUCUCCCUGAGCGAUACUAUCGCGUACUGAAGGCAGGUGAGACGUACUCGCUGGUCUUUCCAGGAGCUGAGAUCGGUAUGUGGGCCUGGGGCAGCAUCCAAGACAAUGUAGGACUUGAGAUGAAGGCUGGGACGCUGCUUCCAUCAGGACUCAGGUCGCGACCGCGUGCCAAAAAGGGGCAAGGACAGCCCCAGCUGAUCAUGCCCGGGGGAGCACUCCUCACCUUCAUGGCAGUGGCAGAGGAGGUAGCCUGGCCUGAACGUGCGGCCAGAGAAGCACAGGUGGGAUUCGUGGCGGCGAACACGGAGGAGCAGAGGUGGCGAAUGAUGCAGCAGGCAGCAGCUCGCCGCAAGGCGGAAUCGACUGUGCCGCUGGCCCCCUCUGAUCGAAUUCCCGGGGCGCCAAUGUUCUCGGCGUCACUUCGGUGUCCGCCCACGCUGCGAGGCCGUGGAUACUUCGACGUCGAAAUCGUGAUCAAGUACGAAGGCGUUGAGCGGAGUGGCGACCGGCCUGUGACAUUCCAUUGGUUAUCUCUGGUGUCUGAGCAACAGCCUGGAGGAUUUCAAAUUUAUCGCCGUCGGCGAGGUGAUGCUCCAGGCGGUAGCAGUGCUGAGAGCGGUACCUGGGAAUCCUGCGAGCUCGAAGAGACCAGCGCUGGUUUCAUGAUCGUCGACGAGCCUGACGUUUCCGUUCGUGUUGGGCAGCACAAGCACUUCACGAGCUUACGGCCGGGGGAGACCUGGACAACGACCCAGACCCUCUCUGGAGAUGACACGGAGUUGCCUCGGGAUAUGGCCCCAGGUGACGUCUUUCGCUGCACUUUUGACGAGGCUGCAGUUGAUUGGUGGGAUUGGGGAAUCAUGGAGGAUCAUGCAGAGACGGUGAUUAAGCUGCCUUGUUAUGAAGCUGGAAAUGUCACCGAGCCAUCUGAUAAUGGAGGUCGGCCGAAGCUGGUAGUUUCUAGCGCGAAGCCAGUCGAGUUCGCGAUAAUCGAGUAG